AUGCAGCAGGCAGGUGCCGCCGACAGGCUGCAGCCGACCGUUGAGAGCGCUCACGCCCGGGCGCACCCCAUCUUCCGGGCCAUCAACAAUGCCGGCCGACAAUGGGGUUCGUCCAUGAACCAUAACGGCUUCAGCCUUUUUCCCGCCAUCAUUCCGGCUGGUACCGUCCUAUAUCAUGGCAGCCACUCUCAAGAGCCCCCCAAAACAUUCGAAUGGCUGGCCUUUGAGAUUGAGCACGCCGAAGGCUUCGCCCUAGAUAUCGACUUCGUGCCAGUCAGAGACAAAGACAGAGUAAAACAUGGCGACGAAAAGGCCGAAACGAAGGAUAUGCCUGGUACGCAAAAGACCCUACGUCGGAGCCCCCCAGCAGACGGGAAAGGCAAUAGGCCCCGGGCUAAGCUCGGGUAUCUUCAAAGUCAUCAAGCGACCAAGGAUCUGCACGUGCUCUAUAUCGAUGGAAUGUCUGGCGGGAAAACGGAUCUCGGUACCUUGGACGCUGAGCUCUACAUAUUGUACGGGAAGCCCAACCUCAAUUUCGAAGACGGCGAGUUUACCCGGGCUAAAGUCAUAUGCGCAAUCAUAACGAAAUGGGGAUACGAUGGCUUCGUUCGCAUGGAGAUUGGCUUUGAAUACGUUCAUUGUGACUUCUCCAAAGAUCUCGAUCUGAUUUCCAGUCAAGCAGUGUUUCACCGCAGGGGCGUAGUCAGCGACUCGAGCAUGGUCUACUUCCAGUGGGCGAGGGCCGUGGCGGAAAACUAUGACGGAGUCGGCACCGAUCGCCUGCGGAUUGAUUACUCUUCCAUGGUGUCUGGGCUCUUCUACCCUCUCAACAUCACAACCAUGGACCCUGAGCGGCCAGAUCUGAUGCGUCUGGCGACGGCCGGCCUACACGACUUGCAGAAGCUCAAGCCGGAGGUUGAGAUCAUGGCGCGUCACCCUCGACGAUUCACCAUCAACUGGCAGGCAGUCACAGAUACGAUUGUUCGAAGAUUUGCUAACAGGCUUGCUUUCAUGACUACAGACGACAUUAGCCAAGAGCACCUGAUUGGCGAGAUUGAAACCGCUGCGAGAACAUAUAUCAAUGCGCCGGUGCCGAAAGAUUCAAAAGCGCCACUGGCUCCAGAGCUGCUGAAAGAGUCGAUUUCAAAAUGUAUUGAGCAGCCUCUUCUCCCCGCAACCUUUCACAAAGCGCAAUGGUCAAGAGAAGACAAGCUCAUUGGAGUGGCUAUCGAAGUCGCGAUGCGGGAUAUCUGCACCGUCAUUCUCGAGUCUUAUAAUGCCCUGCGCGCUGCCGUUGAAAAAGACGUGUCGGAAGGAGACAAAGGGUUGACGUCCCACGCAAACAAGGCAGCGAAGAGGGCUCACCGAGAUAUUCAGAAUCUGACAGCCACGCUCGGUUGGAGCCAAUGGAAACAGGUUCGCCGCUGCCCGCCAGACCAGGUGGUCUUCACGAUCAUGUGGCCUCUGGGCAAUACGGAGGACUAUUUCCACCCCACAUGCAUUCCCAUAAAAGAAAUCAAUCCAGAUCGAGAUACUUACUUUAGGUACAACUUUCCGGGCGAACAUGGACGGCACGGACGCGAAAGACAAGAUUGA